CUGUGCUGCUAUGCACCACCUCAAUGCUGAUACAGAUUCUUCCAAAGCAGUGUCUUAGUGUUACUUCCACUUAAAAGUGAGAGCAAUAUUUUCUGUUGUUCACUGCAGGUGCUGUUCUUGAGAAGAAGAGAGAACAUAGAACAUGGCUUAUACAGUGCAAGAACUUUAAACUCCUGGACUGAAAACAGGAUUAUUACUUGUUUUGAUGAAGGAUGGCAACGCCAUACGUUCCUGUUCCUAUUCCUAUUGGAAGUUCAUCAUCCAGCUUUACAAACAGAAACCAAAGAAGUCCAUCCUUUGGGAGCAUCUCAACAAGUUCCAGCUCUUCAAAAGGACAGUUGGAGGACUCCACAAUUGGUAGUUUUAAAAAGAUGAGCGUGCCUGACCAAACAGAUUCUACAUCAUCUUUGUGCAGCAGUCCACUUGUUAGGACUAAAUUUACAGGUGUGGAAACAUCCAUAGAGUACUGUAGUCAGCCCGUAGAAGAAGUAGAGGAGAAUACAGAUUCCAGGAGCUGGGAAGAGCGACCAUCUACACCUACUAUACUGGGUUAUGAGGUGAUGGAGGAAAGGGCAAAAUUCACUGUAUACAAAAUACUGGUAAAAAGAAGUCCAGAGGAAAGUUGGGUGGUUUUCAGGCGGUACACUGACUUCUCCAGGCUUAAUGACAAGCUCAAGGAUAUGUUCCCGGGCUUUCGGUUGGCCCUUCCACCAAAGCGCUGGUUCAAGGAUAAUUACAAUCCUGACUUCUUGGAGGAUCGACAGCUGGGACUGCAAGCAUUCCUCCAGAACUUAGUAGCUCACAAAGAUAUUGCUAACUGUCUUGCAGUGAGAGAAUUUCUUUGUCUGGAUGAUCCUCCGGGUCCUUUUGACAGUCUAGAGGAGAGCAGGGCUUUCUGUGAAACUCUGGAGGAAACAAAUUACCGUCUGCAGAAGGAGCUCCUGGAGAAACAGAGGGAGGUUGAGUCACUGAAGAAAUUGUUGAGUGAAAAGCAACUUCAUAUAGAUGCUGUUGAAAGAAGAAUUAGGGAUCUAUCUGUAGGAAAAAUGACUCGUCAGAUGUCAGGAGAAGAAAGUGAGUGCAGUGGUGAGGUGGAGUCUUCUGCAAUAGAAGCAGACCAGGGUACCCUGGGUGAGGACAGCUGCUCAGACAAAGAGAGCCACGAGGCUUGCUGGAGUGGCUCUUUGGCCGAAAAUUCUGUACCUGAAAUUGAAGUUGCUGAAGUGGCCUAUACUGCUGAUGAAGAAGGGUAGGCAGUAGCAGCUGCUCUGACCUGGCAAAGGUUCAUCUUUGGGACACACUCUUGGGGUAGGGGCAUAGAGUAGCUGUGAAGAACUUACAGCAAAGAGCAAGACUGCACAUCUUGAAUGUUUACAUAAAUCCUUAUAAAUGGUUAAUGUAAGAAGUAUACCCUGUGCUGCUUUCAGGUUUUUAUAUCUAGCAUUUAUAUAUUUAAUAUAUUACAGUCUAAUAAGGGCUAAAAUCAGCUGAAGUUCUGGUAGUGUACAUACACCAUUUGGCUGAGGAAAGCUUCACGUGACAUCACCAAACACAUCUUAAUUAGC